GCACAAAGCAGCGCCUCUCUCUCCGCCAUCUCCCAGAAAGCAAAUGUCCAAAUCUCUGAAAAUCGGUACUUGUUUAUCAGCUCGGAAAGCAAAAGCAUUCACGGCGACCCAACAGUCCUCCCACGCACGUUCUCUCAUUCUUUUCUUCCUCCCAGAGCAACUCCCUUUUCCCCACUCACCACCCGAAGUAUCUCUCUCUCUCUCUCUCUGCGUAUAUAAUCGGCGGAAAAGAUGAUGAUGGGUGCAGUCCACAUCACACUUCGAGACCCACACAACCAGAGCGGGACGACGGCUAAUCGCUGGACUUUGACUGGCACAGUAGGAACCCAAAUCGCCGCCGGAGCCGGUGACACUAGAGGCGGCCUCUCUGCGGGGAACCGCCGUCGCGGAUGGCUAGCUCGAGCGGGAGCAAGCCGGAGCCGGGCUCCGGCCUGCCGCGGUCGCCGUCCAAGAAAAUGACGAGAGCGCAGACGACGAUGGUCGAUUUGCCGACCGAGGACGGCACCGUCGUCGACAGCGAGGUGGUGCCCUCUUCUCUCGCCCCUGUCGUGCCGAUCCUCCGCGUGGCCAACGAGGUCGAGAAGGAGAAUCCGAGGGUUGCAUAUUUAUGUCGCUUUCUUGCAUUUGAGAAGGCUCAUACGAUGGAUCCAACAUCAGCUGGACGGGGUGUUCGCCAGUUUAAGACUUAUCUCUUACACAGGCUUGAGAAGGAAGAAGUGGAGACGGGAUUUCAGCUUGCCAGAAGUGAUCCUAAAGAAAUCCAGUUGUAUUACCGGAUGUUCUAUGAGAAAAAUAUCAAAGAUGCCCAAUACACCAAAAAGCCGGAAGAAAUGGCAAAGAUAGAUCAGAUUGCCAGAGUAUUAUAUGAUGUUCUGAAAACCGUGGUGCCAUCCUCAAAGAUUGAUGAUCAGACAAAAAGGUAUGCUGAAGAAGUUGAGAGAAGAAGAGAACAGUCUGUGCACUAUAACAUUUUACCAUUAGAUGUAAUUGGGGUUAAACCUGCAAUUAUGGAACUUUCUGAGAUUAAGGCUGCGCUUCAGGCUAUACGCAAAGUGGACAAUCUUCCAAUGCCCCGAGUUCAUGGGGUGCGGAGCAUUGAGGAUGACAAUUUGGUAAUACCGAAGCAGGGGAGUCAGUCCAUCACUGAUAUACUUGAUUGGCUUUCAUCUGUUUUUGGGUUCCAGAAAGGAAAUGUAGCAAAUCAGAGGGAGCAUUUAAUUCUUUUACUUGCCAACAUGGACAUAAGGAAUAGACAUGAGGAACAGUAUACUCUGUUGAAUGGUGACACUGUUGAUCAGCUGAUGGAUAAAAUUCUCAAGAACUAUCGAUCUUGGUGCAAUUAUCUUCAUCAGAAGCAAAAUCUUCUGUUUCCCCAAGGUUCUGACAGACAACAGUUGCAACUUAUCUACCUCGCGCUCUAUCUUCUAAUAUGGGGGGAAGCUUCAAAUGUUCGAUUUAUGCCUGAAUGUCUCUGCUAUAUCUUUCACAAGAUGGCGGAUGAAGUUUUUGGCAUCUUGUAUAGCAAUGUUCAUCCAGUUAGUGGAGAUACAUAUCAAUCGGCAGCACCUGAUGAUGAGUCAUUUUUGAGGAAUGUAAUAACCCCUAUCUACCAGGUCCUUCGCCAGGAAGCUAGGAGAAACAAAGGAGGCAAGGCAAGCCAUUCAACAUGGAGAAAUUAUGAUGACCUAAACGAGUACUUCUGGUCCAACAGGUGUUUUAAGCUAAGGUGGCCAUUCGAUAUUACAGAUGAUUUCUUUGCGCAACCAGACAAGCUGCAACCUGCAGAUGCACAUGUCAGUCAGGGUACUACCGGGAAGACACAGCCCAAAACUAAUUUUGUGGAAGUUCGUACCUUUUUGCACCUCUACAGAAGUUUUGAUCGGAUGUGGAUAUUCUUUAUAUUGGCAUUCCAGGUCAUGGUACUUGUUGCAUGGACUCCUUCCGGGUCUGUCACUGCUCUCUUCAACGAUGAAGCGUUCAGACGUGUUUUGACAAUCUUCAUAACUUAUGCUUUCCUGAACUUUCUGAGGGCAAGUCUGGAUAUAAUUCUUAGUCUAAAGGCCUGGAAAAGCAUGAGAUGUACACAGAUUCUUCGAUACAUUCUGAAAUUUGUACUCGCAGCUGUUUGGGCUGUGGUUUUGCCAAUUGGUUACUCUGGUUUAGUGCGGAAUCCAACAGGAGUCGUGAAAUUUUUCAGCACCUGGGGUCGAGAUUGGAGGAACGAGUCAUUCUUUUAUUAUGCCAUUGCAAUUUUUAUGAUACCAAAUGUCUUAGCUGCUAUACUUUUCUUCGUUCCUUACUUAAGGAGGACCAUGGAGCGUUCAAGUAUGUUCCCUAUUACUGUUCUUAUGUGGUGGGCUCAGCCAAAGCUUUAUGUGGGGAGAGGCAUGCAUGAGGAUAUAUUUUCAUUGCUGAAGUACACCCUGUUUUGGAUCAUGCUGCUUGUCUGCAAGCUGGCUUUCAGCUACUAUGUUGAGAUUCUGCCACUUGUUGGACCAACGCAAUUAAUCAUGAAGAUGCAUCUGGAUAAUUAUCAAUGGCACGAGUUUUUUCCUCACUCUGCAGUGACACAUAACAUUGGAGUUGUUAUUGCAAUAUGGGCCCCUGUUGUUCUUGUCUAUUUUAUGGAUACACAAAUUUGGUAUGCCAUAUUCUCUAGUCUUUUUGGUGGCAUUCAUGGUGCUUUUAGCCAUCUAGGCGAGAUACGAACACUAGGGAUGUUGCGGUCCAGAUUUGACACCGUGCCCAAAGCUUUUAGUAAACAUCUUUUGCCAUCAUCACCAGAUGCUACGAAAGCCAGGGGGAGGCAACAGGAUGAAUCCAUACUGAGGAAAAAUAUUGCAAACUUUUCGAGGAUGUGGAACAAAUUUAUUCAGACUAUGAGAGAGGAAGACCUAAUUAGCGACAGAGAGAGAGACUUGCUCCAUGUACCAUCUUCUUCAACUGAUGUCUCUGUUGUGCAAUGGCCUCCUUUCUUGCUUGCUAGCAAGAUUCCCAUAGCAUUAGACAUGGCAAAAGAUUUCAAGGGCAAGGAGGAUGCUGACUUGUUUAAGAAGAUAAAGAUUGAUCCUUAUAUGUAUUCAGCAGUAAUUGAAUGUUAUGAGACUCUCCGGGACAUUAUAUAUGGCCUUCUGGAAGAUGAUGCUGACAGAAUGAUUGUAAAGCAUAUCUGUUAUGAAGUAGACAGUACCGUACACCAGCACAGAUUUUUGACUGAAUUUAGAACAAGCGAAUUACCUUUGCUCAGUACUAAGUUGGGGAAAUUUUUGACCAUCUUGCAAAACGACCAUGACGACGAAACAGUGUACAGAGCCCAGAUAGUCAAUGUCCUCCAGGACAUCAUGGAGAUAAUUAUCGAGGAUUUCAUGCCGAAUGGGCACGAGAUCCUGGAAAAAGCAAAAAUUGAUUUCCUCCAUAAGAAAAAUGAUGGGAAGGAGCAGAUGUUUGAAAAGAUCAACAUUGGCCUUGCACAAGACAAAAUCUUGAAAGAGAAGGCCCUUCGGCUCCAUUUACUUCUGACAGUCAAGGAAUCUGCCAUCAACGUGCCUUCGAACUUGGAAGCUCGUCGACGUAUCACUUUCUUUGCUAAUUCUUUAUUCAUGAGAAUGCCAGGUGCUCCGACCGUGCGCAAAAUGCUGCCUUUUAGUGUCUUGACUCCAUACUACAAAGAAGAUGUCCUCUAUUCCACUGACGAUCUUAAUAGGGAAAAUGAGGAUGGAAUCACAACUGUGUUCUACCUGCAGAAGAUCUAUCCAGAUGAGUGGACCAAUUUUAUCGAUCGGAUAAAAGAUCCAAAAACAGGAUACAUAGGGAAGGACCACUUGGAACGGGAGGCACGUUUUUGGGUCUCUUACAGAGGGCAGACUCUGGCUAGAACAGUGAGAGGGAUGAUGUAUUACAGGCAAGCUCUGGAACUUCAAUGCCGUCUUGAAAUAGCUGGAGAAAACGCUUUAAAUGAUGAGGAUGAGAGGGCUUUCUCGGAUUUUGCACAAGCUCUGGCUGAUUUGAAGUUCACCUAUGUUGUCUCUUGCCAAGUCUAUGGGAUUCAAAAGAAGUCCGGUGAUACUAAAGAAAGAAGCUGUUACAGUAACGUGUUGAACCUCAUGUUGAUGUAUCCUUCUCUACGGGUUGCUUACAUAGACGAGAGAGAGGAGACAGUGAAUGGGAAAUCUCAGAAGUGUUGUUACUCUGUUCUUGUGAAGGGAGGUGAUACACUUGAUGAGGAAAUAUACCGUAUCAAGCUUCCAGGUCCUCCAACUGAAAUUGGUGAAGGAAAACCAGAAAAUCAAAAUCAUGCUAUCAUCUUUACUCGUGGGGAGGCACUGCAGACUAUAGACAUGAAUCAGGAUAACUACUUUGAAGAAGCUUUCAAGAUGAGAAAUGUAUUGGAGGAAUUCCAAAAGGGUCAUCGUGGGCAGAGAAAACCUACUAUAUUGGGCCUUCGGGAGCACAUUUUUACCGGAAGUGUUUCAUCACUAGCUUGGUUCAUGUCCAAUCAGGAGACCAGCUUUGUCACUAUCGGCCAGCGAAUCUUGGCAAAUCCCCUAAGGGUCCGUUUCCAUUAUGGCCAUCCUGAUAUAUUUGACAGGAUAUUCCACAUAACACGGGGCGGCAUAAGCAAAGCUUCAAGAAUAAUCAACUUGAGCGAAGAUAUUUUUUCUGGAUUUAAUUCAACUCUUCGAGGGGGAUUUAUAACACAUCACGAGUAUAUCCAAGUGGGAAAAGGGCGAGAUGUAGGGAUGAACCAGAUAUCCCAAUUUGAGGCAAAGGUUGCAAACGGAAAUGGCGAGCAGACACUUAGUCGUGACGUUUAUCGGCUCGGGCGGCGAUUUGACUUCUACAGAAUGCUGUCAUUCUAUUUUACGACUGUUGGUUUCUACUUAAGUAGUAUGGUCACCGUGCUUACGGUGUACGUAUUUUUGUAUGGACGGUUGUACAUGGUUAUGAGUGGGUUGGAAAUGGAGAUUCUUCAGGAUCCUAGCAUCCGUCGCACAAAGGCCCUUGAAGAGGCCUUGGCUAGCCAGUCUGUCUUUCAGUUGGGAUUAUUACUGGUGCUGCCCAUGGUCAUGGAAACUGGCCUGGAAAAAGGGUUUCGGACUGCCCUCGGUGAUUUUGUCAUUAUGCAGCUGCAGCUAGCUUCCGUGUUCUUCACAUUUCAACUUGGAACAAAGGCUCAUUUUUACGGAAGAACAAUCUUACAUGGAGGAUCCAAAUAUCGAGCGACGGGUCGUGGGUUUGUUGUUUUUCAUGCAAAAUUCGGUGAUAAUUACAGGCUUUAUUCACGAAGUCACUUUGUGAAAGGGCUGGAGCUGUUUAUACUGUUGAUUGUCUAUGAAGUUUAUGGGGAGUCGUACCGCAGUUCAAAUCUCUACUUGUUCAUCACUUUCUCCAUGUGGUUCUUGGUUGCUUCAUGGUUGUUUGCACCGUUCAUAUUCAAUCCGUCUGGUUUUGACUGGCAAAAGACUGUAGACGAUUGGGCAGACUGGAAGAGGUGGAUGGGAAAUCGUGGCGGAAUUGGGAUUCAUCCGGAUAAAAGUUGGGAAUCAUGGUGGGAGGAAGAACAGGAACACCUGAAGCAUGCAAACAUAAGGGGAAGAAUCCUUGAUAUAAUACUUACAUUUCGCUUCUUUAUUUACCAGUAUGGAAUUGUUUACCACCUUGAUAUAGCUCGCCACAGCAGGAGUAUACUGAUUUAUGGAGUUUCUUGGGUGGUGUUGCUAACCACUCUGCUAGUUUUAAAGUUGGUAUCCAUGGGAAGACGAAGAUUCAGUACAGACUUCCAGCUCAUGUUUAGGAUCCUGAAAGCACUUCUUUUCCUUGGAUUCAUAUCGGUCAUGACAGUCUUAUUCGUCGUGUGUGGACUCAUUGUGUCUGAUAUAUUUGCUGCUAUCCUUGCGUUCUUACCUACCGGCUGGGCUCUUAUUCUGAUUGGGCAAGCAUGCAGGCCGUUGUUUAGACUGUUAGGACUCUGGGAAUCGUUGAAGGAGCUGGCUAGAGCGUACGAGUACAUAAUGGGGUUGAUACUGUUCAUGCCGAUUGCUGUUUUGUCGUGGUUCCCGUUCGUUUCGGAAUUCCAAACCCGCCUCCUCUUCAACCAAGCAUUCAGCAGAGGCCUCCAGAUCUCAAUGAUUCUCGCUGGAAGGAAAGAGAAGGCAGCAUGAGGCCCCCUCAUUAGGAUAUGAUACUUGGAUAGCUCUACGUCCUGUCUACUGUCUUUAUAUGUGAUUUUUCCCCCUGCUUUAUUCUGCAUGAACUUUGACAGAGGUUUCCUGAUCUGCCUCUGAACAUUUAUAGUGGCAUCAGGAAGGCCGUUCAUUUUUUAUGCUUCGCCUUGGCACCUCUUUUCUUUCUUGUUGUUCGGUAAAAUGUGUUGAAA